AAGGAAGAUUCCCAUAUUGGGAAAGAAGAUGAGGUUUCCGACGGCUCGAAGGGCGCCGCGCUCUGCUCCCGGAGGCAGGGGGCCAAGAGGAAGUUCUCCCAGUCGGACGGCGCGCCGCUGGGCUCCGAAUCCGACGAGGAUUCGGUGAGGACCUCCUCCAGCCAGCGGUCGCACGAGCUGAAGAUAUCCAGCACGGAGAAGGAGAGGGAUCCCCGGCGGAGCUCCGCGUCCCUCCGAGGCGACGACGGGGGGAAGUCCUCCUCGCGCUCCAGGUCGGACAGGGAUGAGAAGUACUCGAGCUAUUCCAAAUCGGAGAGGGAUUCGCGGUACGCGUCCUCCCGCUCCCGGUCGGACAGGGAGAGGAGGCGGAGCCGCUCUCAUUCCCGCUCCCGAUCCGAUCGGGGUUCCCGAACCAGCUCUUCCUACUCCCGGUCGGAGCGCUCCCAUUACUACGAGUCCGACCGCAGGUACCACCGGAGCUCCCCGUACAGGGAGAGGUCGAGGUACUCCCGCUCCUACGCGGACAGCAGGGCGCGGGAGAGCUCCGACUCGGAGGACGAGUACAGGAGGACACAUUCCAGAUCGAGCGACUCGAGGCGCACGUCGUCCCACUCCUCCUCCUCCUACAGAGACUCCAGGAGUUCUUACUCCAAGUCGGACAGGGACAGCAAAGCGGAGUCGUCUCACGCCGACGCGGAGAGGAGGGGAAGGGCUCCUUCGAAAGCGGAUCGAGAUUCAAAAAGGACUUCAGAAAGUGAAGUAACCAAAAGGUGCUCUCCCCUUGACGAACUGGGCUAUCGGAAGGGGACAUCCCAUUCUAAGCCCGACAGUAAUGUGAAUUCCUCCCGUUAUAAGUCCACCCCUUCAAAGACCCCCACACCAAAGCCUGAUAAAUUUAAGAGUUCUUUCUGUUGUACAGAAUCGAUGGAAGAAAUAAAGCAGCAGUCUAAUUCUCUAGAUUUAGAGGCCUCUUGUCUAAAAAGCAAUGAGAUCAGGGUGUCCAUUGCGAAAAAAUUGGAAAGGGAAAAGACACUUUCUCCGUUAAAUCAGUUCAAUGAUUCGCCCGCUUUUAAAAAGGCAGAGGAGUGGAAAGCAGGUUGGGCUAGCUCCAAGUCCGAGGAGCUUGCAGGAAACGAGUGCCACGACAGUGUUAAAGAGCAAGAAGCUUUAUUAAAGAUAAAACCUGAUCAGUUAGGAACGUGUUUCCCCGUGGAGUCGAGCGUCAAUGGGUCCCCCGAGGGCAGCGCUGAUGCUCUGGCGGCGUCGGGUGCCUGCCGAGCGGAGGACGUGGCCGUGUCUUCAGAGCACAGCCUGUGUCAGUCAGAGGCAUCACCCGCCGUGAAGACGAGCCCGUCGUAUCCCCUGCCCUCUAAUGGCUUCGAGGGUGCUCAGGAGCAAGAGCCGGACGAGUCCCGGGUCCAGUCCAGUGAGUGCAACAGUCUCUUCAGUCAAGCAGAAGCUCCGGACCCGCCGCAGCAAGGGGAAGCCACCCCCCUGCCCGUCGUGAAUGUAGAUGAGGCUAAAACUCUCCUCCAGAAGCCGGACGAGCAGGCGCCUCCGUGCGACAAAACCAAAGAACCGUUCCUGUGCUACGUUUCGGACGACGCCACCCCUGGUUUGUACCCUUCGGAAGUGGAGAUCGAAGCGGAGCCGGCGGAUUUCAGAGCGACCUCCGAGGUUUAUCUGGACGUGCAGGUGGAGCCGCAGACCGUCACGUGUGGUGACGAGAGCAUGGAGGAGCACCACCCGAAGCCCGCCUGCGACCGUGACUACGGCCUUCCUCCCUGUGACCACGAGCACGCUCAUCACAAAACGAGCCUGGCGGCGGAGAGCUCGCCUCCCAGGAGGACUGGACCCUCGGGCUCGGAUCGGACCAUCCCGUGCCACAGGAAAGCGUCUCUUCCAAAUGGGACGUGCCACCGCCGGAUGGACACCAGGAGGCUGAGGAGAUGCUCCAGUCGGAGGCUUGGCACGCCGGUUUUGGGUCGGCAGCCCCCAAGCCAUCGUUCAAAGACGAGCACUCGUACUCCUCGGAAGUGCCGCGGGAGCACCGCGGCGGAGAGCGCGUGGCAGAAGGCGCCGUGCCCACCGAGGGGGUCGGGCCGGAUGAUCCGGGGGGUUGGUGCCUACCGGCCGAGAGGGACGAAGGAAACGAGCCUUUGGUGGCUUCGGCUUCUCCGGGCGCCUCGUUCCCCUCGUGCGACGUCGUCGUCACCGUAG